AUGUGCGCGUCACCCUUUGCCCUCAAGCUCCGACAAAACCGACGCCGGCUGCUUGUCCGACUGAUCAUCACGAUCUCGCUCCUAAUACCACUCUACCUCCUUCUAACAUUCUUCCUCCCGCGGCCGACCACCCUCACCAAAACGCCCCUCCUCGCUCUCAACUUCCCCGACCCUUGUAUCAUCCAAGACAUGGCCUCCGGAACGUGGUACGCCUUCGCAACCGGCUCCUGGACGCCCAACACCAGCACCGACACCACCGCAAGCGAUACCACAACAACACCACCCACCACCACCUACAAACACAUCCAAGCCGCCUCGGCCGCCCACCCGACCGGUCCCUGGACCUACCUCCCCUCCGCCGACCCGCUCCCCACCCCCGGCCCCUGGACCGCCGGACCCGGCUCCCAAACCUGGUCCCCCUCCCUCACCCAACUCACCACCAACACCACCCCCACCAACCCCACCACCACAACCACAACCCCCACAAACACAAACACAAACACAACCUACAUCCUCUACUACUCCGCCCAACUCCCACCCCCGCACACCCACAUCCACUGCAUCGGCGCCGCCACCUCCCCCACCUCCAUCCUCGGCCCCUACACCCCCCUCCCAGAACCCAUCCUCUGCCCCCUCCCCCUCGGCGGCGCCAUCGACCCGUCCGCCUUCCGCGACCCGGCCGACGGCAGGCGCUACCUGCUGUACAAGGUCGACGGGAACGCGCUGGGCGGUGGGGGGGAGUGCAAUAAUGGGGUGGCGCCGUUUCGGAGGACGCCGAUUGUGUUGCAGGAGGUGGAUGGGGCGGAUGGGGUGGGGUUGGUGGGCGGGGGAGUGGAGGUGUUGGAUCGGGUCGGGGAGGUGGAUGGGGCGUUGGUGGAGGCGCCUGAGUUGGUUUGGGUUUCUGGGGGGGAUGGUGGUGGUGGGGAUAAGGGGGGGAGGUAUGUGUUGUUUUAUAGUAAUCACUGUUGGGAUGGGCCGGGGUAUAGUGUUAAUUAUGCGGUGUCGGAGGAGAAUAUCACGGGGCCGUAUAAGAGGGCGGAAGGGCCGUUGAUUCGGACGGGGGAUGCGUUUAAUGUUACGGCGCCUGGGGGCGCGGUGAGCGUGCCGGGCGGUGGGUGGAUGUUGUUUCAUGGGAAUUGUCCGGAGGGGAGGUGUUUGUUUGGCGCGGAGAUGAAGGUUGUGGGGAGCACGGUUACUGUAUCAUGA